AUGAAUAUGAUGGUGUCAAUGACUUUGACCCAUCUGGAACAUCAGAAGAUACUUUUAACAUUUUAGCUGACGACACACAAUCAUUUGUUUUAAAUGAGAAAGAGUCUUUAAGUGAGUUUUUUGAGAAUAACUACGAAAAAGUUGAAAAUAUUGAACCAUUGUACUCUGUUAUGCCGGAUAUGACUUUCGCAAACUGA